UUCAUUGAUUUCUCUCAUUCUCUCAUUCUCUGAUUCUCUCAUCAUUGUCUAAGCAAAAGAAGAUGACUGGUGUCAACAUAGUUUCUGAAGAUGGAAAGAAAAAACCGAACACGAAGAGAAAGAUGAUGGAAAAACUCAAAUCUGUAUUUGAUAAGAAGAAACCUAAUCAUCAUGAAGAAGACUCAAGUCAAACUUCGCCAUAUAUAACCAAAGCUUUAAACGAGGACCUAUCAUAUGAGCUGUUCAAAAUCCAGCAGAAGUUGGAUCAGAGAAAUUUUAUCCUUCAAAAACAAGAUGAUAUUCGUCAAGGCCAAGAAGAGAAGAUGAAAAACCUAAUGGAGGAGAGCAAAGAUUUGAACAGCACGACAUUUCUUUUGCAUGUAAACCAAGUUUACUGAUGUCAUAAGAAACUGAUUUGGUGUUUCUUUGUGUGGACAAAUGCUUGACAAGGAAACAAAGGGAACAGAUUCAUGGUGUACACCAAUUUGAAUACAUGUUUAUGCUUUUAGAUAUCAAGUUUAUAUUGUUAUUAAUAUAAUGCUAAUUUAUAAUAUAAGAUACAUUAAGAUUAAAAAUAAUAAAAAAGAU